GGGUACACUUCAGUAGACGCUAUUUGAUAUUUUCAAAUUGUUACAAAUGCUUUUUAUCAUACUUCAUUCUAAUGGGACUUUAUUGGCAUUUGGAUAUUUGCAGGAUGCUAAAGCUAAGAAGAAGCAACAUAUCUUGGGAUUGAUUGAGGCGCUAGAGGCGUGCAAUCCCACAACUAACCCUAUUGAUUCACCCUUUCUAUCUGGCUUUUGGUCGCUUCUUUACACUGCUCCUACAGAUGAAGAAAAAGUGGACAAGUAUGCAGGAACUGAGGAAGGCCCUUUUCUUGCAAGGUUGAAACCCUUGUCCCUUGGUACAGUAAGGCAGACUGCAAGUUUUCAGGUUAUUGACUUACAAGGAGAAAGUGUGCAAAAUAUUGCUGAUUUUGUCUUAUUUGGCAUAAAAGGACGUUUAGUUAUCAAGGGAAGGGCUGUCAAGUCAUCUACACCUGGGAAGGAGUCUAGGAGAAUCGAUGUAACAUUUGAAAGCUUCUACGUUAGCAUCGGCAAUUGGCAAUCUCCAGUGAUACCUUUAGAUUGGGUAAAUCCGAAGGGGUGGGUUGAUAACACAUUUUUGGAUCAAGAUUUACGUGUUGGUCGCGGUGACAAAGGUUCUGUUUUUGUUUCGGCUCGAGUGAAGGAAUAAUGAGAAGCUUACACAGUUUCUGUUUUUCUCGUUGCAAAGGGAUAGAGUCAAUUAUAACUUUAUAUUAGUGCAUAGAAUAGAAGAAACGUUAAAAAAAAUUAUAGGAUAGUAGAUCUUGUUAUUAUUUUUUUUUUUGAAGUAUUCAUUUUUUAUUGUUCAUUUUGAUAAUGAUUUUUUCCAUUUUUGCAAUCAUUUCUUUGUUGAAUAGAUAUUGAAAUAAUACUAUUAUUCAGUUAUUUGUAUAUUUGAUUUAAAUGUUAUUAUAAUUUUACACUGCUUUUCUA